AUUUGAUUCGAAAGUUUAAGCUGUUAAGGCCUGUCGUUUCUUAUUAACGAUCUUAACGACUUGUCGUUCACCUAAUGACGUUUUGGUAAUAAUUUGUACUUUCCUUAAACCCGACUACCCGAUCAAAACCUUUUCGAGCUUCCUUCUUCCAUAGGGUUUUUCAAAUUCCGAAAAUCAUAAACCCUCAGGGUUUGAAGCUUACAGCAACGCUACCACGACCACAACCACGAUGAGUUUAAUUGCAGGGUCUUAUGAGAAAUUCAUCUGGGGCUUUAAGCUCAAGCCAUUGAAACACAAUGAUUCACAAGAAACUUUAACCCUAACCCCACUCUUCUCCUACCCUUCUCAUCUCGCACCCAUCACCUGCGCCGCUGCUGCUGGCCCCGCCGCUGCUUCUGGAUCUUCCGACGACACUAUUCAUAUAUACGACCUGCCCUCUGCUGCCUCCCUCGGCUCUCUCCACCAUCACACCUCCUCAAUCACCUCCCUCUCCUUCUUUACCCCUCCUUCUUUUUCCUUCCCUCGCAAUCUCCUCUCUGCCUCUGCCGAUGGCUCUGUCUGCAUCUUCGAUGCAGAUCCUUUCCUCCACCUGAAGACAAUACGGGCUCAUAAGAAGGGUGUGAACGACUUGUCGGUACAUCCAUCUGGUAAAUUAGCGCUUACAGUGGGGAGAGACGAGUGCUUGGCGAUGUUGAAUUUGGUGAGAGGAAGGAGGAGCUUUUAUUGUAGACUGGGAAAGGAAGCUAGUUUAGUUAAGUUUGAUUUGGAUGGAGAGAGGUUUUUUAUGGUGACGGAGGAGAAGGUUGGGAUUCAUCAGGCUGAAAAUGCCAGGUUGGUGACUGAGCUCGAGUGUCGCAAACGGGUUCUUUGUGCUGUACCUGGAGAGAAUGGAAUUCUUUUUACUGGUGGUGAUGACCGGAAUCUUACAGCAUGGGACACACACACUGGCAAAGCUGCAUAUUGCAUUGAGAAUGCGCAUUCUACCCGUGUGAAGGGUAUCGAAGUGCUUACUAAGAGUGAUGGAGUUGCCGAUGAUCCUUAUUUAUUCGCAUCUGCAUCAUCAGAUGGAGUUAUACGUGUUUGGGAUGUUCGCAUGGCUUUGAAGGAGAAACCAAAUCCAUUGGCUGAGGUUAACACAAAAUCAAGGCUGACUUGUCUUGCUGGAUCAUCUCUUAAAUCUCUCAAAAAACCAAAGAUGGGAAACAGGAUUCCAAAAGAAAAGGAUGAUGCAGCGGAUGAAGAACUGCAAGGUUAAUGAAUGUAGCAUGAGAAACGUGGGGGUCAAAAUCUCAAGGCGUUGCCAGCUGAGAAACAAACAAUCUUCUAACGGAGCUAUAGUUUUUGUUGUGUCUAGUUGAUGCAACAAAACAAUUUUGACACUGGAAAAGUUUGUUCAUUUCAAAAUUUUCAGUUGUAUGGUGUUAGUUCUUAAUGAUAUCCAGAUGCAAAAAUUAUUCGUUCUGCAUUGUGACUUUUGCUGAUAGUUCUGAUAUAUAAAAAGAAAUCCCUACUUGUAUUUAGCAUUGUUUGGAUUGAGGUCCUCCAAAAUAUCAUGUAAUUCUCAGAAUCUUUCUAGAUUUUAUAUAUUGGAAUUGAACAAUCGAAAUUGAUUUGCAUGCAAA